AUGACUGAUUCAAAAUACUUUACAACCACAAAAAAAGGCGAAAUAUUUGAGCUAAAAUCUGAAUUGAAUAGUGAUAAAAAAGAAAAAAAAAAGGAGGCAGUCAAGAAGGUGAUUGCUUCUAUGACAGUAGGCAAAGAUGUAUCAGCCCUCUUUCCAGAUGUAGUGAACUGCAUGCAAACUGAUAAUUUAGAAUUGAAGAAGUUGGUGUAUUUGUACCUUAUGAAUUAUGCUAAAUCUCAACCCGAUAUGGCCAUUAUGGCAGUCAAUACAUUUGUCAAGGAUCUACCAACAUACCAGCUUGUUAAGGAUUGUGAAGAUUCGAACCCGUUGAUUCGAGCACUGGCGGUACGGACGAUGGGAUGCAUCCGUGUGGACAAGAUUACCGAGUAUUUGUGUGAACCACUGCGCAAGUGUCUGAAGGAUGAGGACCCAUAUGUAAGGAAAACAGCCGCCGUGUGCGUCGCUAAGUUGUACGACAUAUCGCCAAGCAUGGUCGAAGAUCAGGGCUUCUUAGACCAACUGAAGGAUUUGUUGAGCGAUUCCAAUCCAAUGGUAGUGGCGAAUGCUGUCGCUGCUCUUUCAGAAAUAAAUGAGGCCAGUGUCUCUGGACAACCUCUUGUUGAAAUGAACGCACCAACAAUCAAUAAGCUACUAACAGCGUUGAACGAGUGCACGGAGUGGGGGCAAGUGUUCAUACUGGACGCGCUCUCUAACUACUCCCCACGGGACUCGCGCGAGGCACACUCCAUAUGCGAACGUAUCACGCCGAGACUGGCGCAUGCUAAUGCAGCUGUUGUGCUCUCCGCUGUCAAGGUGCUUAUGAAAUUAAUGGAGAUGCUCUCGGACGAGACAGAGUUAGUGGGUACGCUGUCCCGUAAACUGGCGCCUCCAUUGGUGACGCUACUCAGCGCCGAGCCCGAAGUGCAAUAUGUAGCUCUGAGGAACAUCAACCUGGUGGUGCAGAAGCGACCUGACAUAUUGAAGCAUGAGAUGAAGGUGUUCUUCGUGAAAUACAACGAUCCCAUCUACGUAAAGCUGGAGAAGUUGGACAUAAUGAUCCGUCUGGCGUCGCAGGCCAACAUCGCGCAGGUGCUGGGCGAGCUCAAGGAAUACGCGACGGAGGUCGACGUGGACUUUGUGAGGAAGGCUGUGCGCGCCAUCGGACGAUGCGCUAUCAAGGUGGAGCCGUCAGCGGAGCGCUGCGUGUCGACUCUGUUAGAGCUGAUCCAGACGAAGGUGAACUACGUGGUGCAGGAGGCCAUCGUCGUGAUCAAGGACAUCUUCCGCAAGUACCCCAACAAGUACGAGAGCAUCAUCAGCACGCUCUGCGAGAACCUCGACACGUUGGACGAGCCCGAGGCCAGGGCUUCUAUGGUAUGGAUAGUGGGCGAGUACGCUGAGCGUAUCGACAACGCGGACGAGUUGCUAGACUCUUUCCUUGAAGGCUUCCAUGAUGAAAAUGCACAAGUGCAGCUGCAGCUGCUGACGGCGGUGGUGAAGCUGUUCCUGAAGCGUCCGGCCGACACGCAGGAGCUGGUGCAGCACGUGCUCAGCCUCGCCACGCAGGAUUCCGACAACCCCGACCUGCGCGACCGCGGCUUCAUCUACUGGCGGCUGCUGUCGACGGACCCGGCGGCUGCCAAGGAGGUGGUGCUUGCCGACAAGCCUCUCAUCAGCGAGGAGACCGACCUGCUGGAGCCCACGCUACUGGACGAGCUCAUCUGCCACAUCAGCUCCCUCGCCUCCGUCUACCACAAGCCGCCCACUGCUUUUGUUGAGGGUCGCGGCGCGGGCGUGCGAAAGUCGCUGCCGGCGCGCGGCACCGUGGCGGAGGAGUCACAGCCGCAGCAGCCCACCGUCAUACCCAACCAGGAAUCGUUGAUCGGUGACCUGCUGUCGAUGGACAUCGGCGGGCCGCCCGCCGCGCCCGCGCCCGCCUCCAACCUCGACCUGCUCGCCGGCGGACUCGACGUGCUUCUGGGCGGCGGUCCGGAGCCGGCGGGCGCGGGCGUGGGCGCGGUGGGGGGCGCCACAGGGCUCCUGGGAGACAUCUUCGGCGCCGCGCCGCCCGCCUCCUACACGCCGCCCAAGCAGUGCUGGCUGCCCGCUGACAAGGGGAAAGGCUUGGAGAUAUGGGGGACGUUCACUCGGCAGAACGGGCAGAUCCGCAUGGAGAUGACGUUCACCAACAAGGCGAUGCAAGCCAUGAGCGGGUUCGCGAUACAGCUAAAUAAGAACAGUUUCGGCGUGUACCCGGGCGGCGCGCUGGCGGUGGGCGCGCUGGCGGCGGGCGCGCGCGCCGACGCGCCGCUGCCGCUGGCCGUGGCCGGGCCCGUGCAGCGCAUGGACCCGCUCAACAACCUGCAGGUGGCAGUGAAGAACAACAUCGAUGUGUUCUACUUCGCGUGCCUCAUUCCGGCGCACGUGCUGUUCACAGAGGACGGGCAGCUCGACAAGCGAGUGUUUCUCACCACCUGGAAGGAGAUCCCCGCCGCCAACGAGGUCCAGCACAGCAUCCCCGGCGUGCUGGGCUCAGCGGAUACCGUCGCACACAAGAUGACCCUAAACAACAUCUUCACUAUCGCCAAACGCAACGUCGAAGGCCAAGACAUGCUGUACCAAUCACUCAAACUGACCAACAACAUCUGGGUGCUCCUCGAGCUUAAGCUGCAGCCCGGCAACCCCGAAGCCACCCUCAGUCUCAAAUCCCGCACCGUGGAGGUCGCCACGUGCAUAUUCCAAGCCUACGAAGCCAUCAUCAAAUCG